CAGGACGAAGCCUUCACGCAGGAUCAACCCAACUCCGGUGAGCGAAGAGCGGUCACUGUCCAAGCCCAAGACCUGCUUCACCUCACCCCCAAUCAGCUGUGUCCCCAGUUCCCAACCCUCAGCCCUGGACACUAGCCCUUGGGGCCUUGGCCUUCCCCCAGGGUGCAGAAGUCUGCAGGAGGAGCGGGCGAUGCUCAGGAAGGAGCGCUCUAAGCAGCUGCAGCAGUCACCAGCCCCCACCUGCCCCCUCCCGGAAUCGGGACCGCCCCUCCCCAGCCGGACGGGAAGCCUCGCCGCGGAACCCGCGGACCCUGCCCGAGUGUCGUCCCGCCAGCGCCUGGAGGUGGUAGCCCUCGUCUACUCCUCCUGCAUUGCUGAAAAUCUGGUACCAAACCUCUUCUUGGAGCUUUACUUCGUCCUUCAGCUCCUUACUGCCCGGAGGAUGGUGGCUGCCAAGGACAGUGACGUUGAACCAAGUCAAGAUUCCCUGGAAAGCCCACUGUUCCAGAGCAUCCACGACUGUGUCUUUUUCGCGGUCCAGGUUUUGGAGCAUCAGUUUCAGAUUCUUUCCUACCUGGACAAAGGGACCUUAAAGCUGCUGGCUGAGAAUGAGCGGCUGCUGUGCUUCUCCCCGGCUCUGCAAGGCCGCCUUCGAGCUGCCUAUGAGGGCAGCGUUGCCAAGGUCUCUCUGACGAUGCCACCCUCUGCUCAAGCUGUCUCCUUUCAGCCAGAGACUGACAAUCGUGCCAAUUUCUCCAGUGACCGGGCCUUUCAUACCUUUAAAAAACAGAGGGAUGUAUUCUAUGAAGUGCUUCGAGAGUGGGAAGAUCGCCAUGAGGAGCCUGGCUGGGACUUUGAGAAGGGACUGGGCAGCAGGAUCAGAGCCAUGAUGAGUCAGCUCUCUGCAGCCUGCAGCCACAGCCACUUUGUUCGGCUUUUCCAAAAACAACUUCUUCAGAUGUGCCAGAGCCCUGGUGGUGCUGGGGGUCCCGUCUUGGGUGAGGCCCCAGAUGUGCUGAAUAUGCUGGGAGCUGACAAGCUGGGGCGCCUACGGCGGCUCCAGGAACGGCUUGCAGCCCCUCCAAGCGGUGGGGGGCCCUGCCCGCCCCCCACCUUCCCAGGCUGUCAAGGUUUCUUCAAGGACUUCAUUCUGAGUGCCAGCAGCUUCCAGUUUAAUCAGCAUCUCAUGGAUAGUCUGAGCCUGAAGAUCCAGGAGCUCAAUGGCCUCCCACUGCCUCAGCAUGAGCCUGGGGAUGAAGAUGGGGAGUCAGAUGUGGACUGGCAGGGUGAGCGGAGGCAGUUUGCUGUGGUGCUUCUUAGUCUGAGACUUCUGGCUAAAUUUCUGGGCUUUGUGGCUUUCCUGCCGUACCGGGGGCCUGAACCACCUCAGAGCCGGGAGCUUCAGGACUCGUUUGUGGCCCUUAGGAGCCAGGUUCCUCCUGUCCUGGAUGUGCGUGCACUGCUGCAGCAGGGGCUGCAGGCCCAGCGGGCGGUGCUCACAGUGCCCUGGCUGGUGGAGUUCCUGUCCUUUGCCGACCACAUCGUCCCUCUGCUGGACUACUACCGGAGUGUCUUCACUCUCCUGCUGCACCUCCACCGGAGCUUGGUCUUGUCAUGGGAGGGUGAAGGAGAAAUGUGUUUUCUAAACAAGCUGCUGCUGCUGGCCGUCCUGGGCUGGCUUUUCCAGGACAGCGUGCCUGUGGUGGACCAGCAGCUUCUCUACACUUGCUGCCCCUACAUCGGAGAGCUCCGGAAACUGCUCGCGUCGUGGGUUUCAGGCAGCAGUGGACGGAGUGGGGGUUUUGUGAGGAAAAUCACCCCCACCACCACCACCGGCCUGGGGGCCCAGCUUCCCCCGAGCAGCCAAGGACUCCAGGCACAGCUCGCCCAGGCCUUUUUCCACAACCAGCCUCCCUCACUGCGCAGGACUGUGGAGUUUGUGGCAGAGAGAAUUGGGUCGAACUGUGUCAAACACAUCAAGGCAACGCUGGUGGCAGAUCUGGUUCGCCAAGCUGAGUCACUUCUCCAAGAGCAGCGAGUGACACAAGGCCAGGAAGUAGGGGAUCCAGCCCAGUUGUUGGAGAUCCUGUAUUCCCAGCUGUGCCCGCAUGGGGCUCAGGCAUUGACACAGGGCCGGGAGUUCUGCCAAAGGAAGAGCCCUGGGGCUGUGCGGGCACUGCUUCCAGAGGAGACCCCAGCAGCUGUAUGUAGUAGGGCAGAGGCCUGGAACCAGCAGGCCCGUGUUGUAUGUGCACGUGCAUGCAUGUAUGUACGCGUGCAUCUGUGUGAAGCCACUGGGGGUGGGGUCAGUCCUGGACUCGAGCAGCUCUUGCUGCCCUGGCCCCUGACUUGCUGUUCAUCCUCCCAGGUUCUCAGCAGCGCAGAGAGCAUUGCUGUGGGGCUGGCGACCGAGAAGGCCUGUGCGUGGUUGUCAGCCAAUAUCACAGCGCUGAUCAGGAGGGAGGUGAAAGCUGCCGUGAGUCGCACACUUCGAGGCCAGGGUCCUGAACCUGCUGCCCGGGGGGAACGGAGGGGCUGCUCCCGCGCCUGUGAGCACCACGCUCCCCUCCCCUCUCACCUCAUCUCCGAGAUAAAAGAUGUGCUCUCCCUGGCUGUGGGGCCCCGGGACCCUGACGAAGGAGUGUCUCCAGAACACCUGGAGCAGCUCCUGGGCCAGCUUCGCCAGAUGCUGCGGUGCCGCCAGUUCCUGUGCCCACCUGCUGAGCAGCAUCUGGCCAAGUGCUCUGUGGAGUUAGCGUCCCUCUUGGUUGCAGACCAGAUCCCCAUUCUAGGGCCCCCUGUACCACACAGGCUAGAGCGAGGAGAGGCACGGAGGCUUCUGCUGAUGCUGGUUUCCCUGUGGAAAGAUGACUUCCAGGGGCCAGUUCCACUGCAGCUGCUGCUGAGCCCGAGAAAUGUGGGGCUUCUGGCAGACACUCGGCCACGGGAGUGGGACCUGCUGCUGUUUUUGCUACGGGAGCUGGUAAAAAAGGGUCUGAUGGACCGAAUGGAGAUCGAGGCCGGCCUGGGCAGCCUCCAUGAGGCCCCGUGGCCAGUGGACUUCUCUGAAGAAUUAGCAACACUGACUCGCCUGUUUCUAGCUGAGCUCCACCUACCAGAACCUCAGCUAAGAGCUUGUGAGUUAGUGCAGCCAAGUCGGGGAGCAGUGCUGGCCCAGAGCUAGGGAUCGUGCCUGCACCUCCGGAGGAGA